AGGUUUAAAUAGAGGAGAAAAAGGAUUUAACGGAGGCCACACCGCUCUCCUCUCACUCUCUCACCGCUUCUAGGGUUUUAGCUUAUUGCCUCCUCCUUCUUCAACCUCUCGGUCUCUCUCUCUCUUUCUCUGCAAUUCGACCUGUCAGAAUGAGCGCCGACAAGGAUAACAACAUCAACAUGGCCGAUCUCGCCACCGCUUUGAAGGAAGAGAACCAGGAAGGAAUCCUCAACGCGCUUAAGGGUUUAGCUGGUGGUCAGCAUGUCGAGGAAGUCCUCAGCAGUUUAUCUCCUAAUGUCCGGAAGCGUGUUGAUUUUCUUAGGGAAAUCCAGAGCCAACACGAUGAAUUAGAGACCAAGUUUUUUGAGGAGAGGGCUGCUCUGGAAGCUAGGUAUCAGAAGUUGUAUCAACCUCUUUACAACAAGCGUUACGAGAUUGUGACUGGUGCUGUAGAAGCUGAAGGAGUUACUACUGAAGCAUCCACAAAUGAAGAGGAUGCUGAAGACAAAGGAGUGCCUGAUUUCUGGCUGAAUGCAUUGAAAAACAAUGAUGUGCUCUCCGAGGAGAUAACAGAGCGUGAUGAAGGAGCUCUAAAAUAUCUGAAGGACAUCAAGUGGGCUAGGAUAGAUAACCCUAAGGGAUUCAAACUUGAGUUCUACUUUGACACCAAUCCAUAUUUCAAGAACACCGUCUUGACGAAGACAUAUCACAUGAUUGAUGAAGAUGAACCUAUUCUUGAGAAGGCAAUUGGAACUGAAAUUGAGUGGUAUCCGGGAAAGUGCUUAACACAGAAGCUCCUUAAGAAGAAGCCUAAGAAGGGAUCAAAGAACAAUAAGCCAAUCACAAAAACUGAAGAUUGUGAGAGCUUCUUCAACUUUUUCAGUCCACCCCAAGUCCCUGAAGAGGAUGAAGAUCUUGAUGAAGAUGCUGCUGAGGAACUCCAGAAUCAGAUGGAACAAGAUUAUGAUGUUGGGUCAACCAUUCGGGACAAGAUCAUCCCACAUGCAGUCUCCUGGUUUACUGGAGAGGCUAUCCAGGAUGAUGAUAUAGACAUGGACGAUGAUGACGACGACGAUGAAGACCUCGAUGAUGAGGAAGAUGAGGAUGAGGAUGAGGAUGAGGAUGAGGAUGAGGAUGAAGAUGAAGGCCAAGCCAAAAAGAAGGUAUCAGGUCAGAAGGGUGCAAGAGCACAACUUGGUGAUGGUCAACAGGGUGAGAGGCCUCCAGAGUGCAAACAGCAGUAGAUGAAUGUGAUUGAUGCAGAAAGUGAGUAGCUGAGAAUGUCGAUUGGAAAAGUUGGGCAGUUUUGCAUGGUGCUUGAUCACUUCAAUAUAUAUUGUUACCAUUUAUGUUCUUAUGGGCGAUAGUGGGAGUCUAUUUUAUUUUGGUUUUCCUUUCUUUUCUCUUUUCUUGGUUCUUUAGGGACAGUGUGAGGGAUGCUUGUGAUUUGAUGAAUCAUGUUGCUAUUUCAUGGACAAGGUUUUAAGUUGGUCAUUAAUGAUAUGUGUAAUUCUUGGUCCUCUAGUUUUCUUA